ACCACCUGUAUACUGAGCUCUCUGAACUGGUCUCUGUACACUGGUCUCUGUGAACUGGUCUCUGUAUACUGGUCUCUGUAUACUGGUCUCUGUGGAACUGGACUGGCUGUAAACUGGCCUCUGUAUACCUGUCUCUGUGGAGCUGGACUGGCUGUAAACUGGUCUGUGGAGCUGGACUGGCUAGAUACCAGUUCAGAGGACACCAGUCCCCCAUGGACAGCCAGCCUGGACCUCAGGGACUCUCUGGUGGACAUGUACCGAGCUAAUCCCAGAGUGAAUGCUGAGCUACGGCAACGUCUGCCCUCACCUGCAGCCCGGCAACUCAGCAACUCAAACCGGCAACUCAGCAAUUCAACCAAGCAACUCAGCAACUCAGCCCAGCAACUCAGCAUCUCAACCCAGCAAUUUAGCAACCCAACCCAGCAACCCAGCAGCCCUGACAGAUCUGAGAUCAGCCCAAGCCUGGACGCCACCAACUGGCCUCAAGCCCCUCUGUCCUCCCCCUCCCCCUUGUCCCACAGGAGGUCUGUCUCACCUGUCUUCCACAGGAGAUCUGUCUCUCCUGUCUCCGCUCUGUCCUCCAGGCCUUCAGGAGGUGCGUGGCAGAUGGACAAUGUGACCCCCAUCCGGGGCCCGUCUCCUCGGGCUGAGAGCUGUGGAGACGUCCUGGAUGGAGGAAGAGCAUCCAGAGGACCUGGUAGCCCCGCCCCCAGGAGACACCUGGUCCCCCCUGAGGACAGCUCUCAUCAGGGGAAGGCGUCUGGUCCAAUCACAGCGUCCGGCAGAGUUCAGACGCUUGAUGGAGAUAAAAACGUUUUGUUCCUCCUGAAGGAGCUCGACGCUCUGAGGGACUCCAACAGGAAGCUGCAGGAGGAGCUGCUGCAGAAGGAGGAGGAGCUGCAACGAAGGGAGGUGCAGGAAGAGCUGAGGGAGGAGCAGAGGGAGGCCAGAGCCUUGGAGAGACCUGCAGCGGUGUUGGACCAGAUCUUGGCGUCUCAGAGGGACAGAGAUCAGGCUCUGAUGUCACGACUCCUGCUGGCCAAUGAGGAGAGAGACGAGGCUCUGCUCCGAGCACGCCGCCUGCAGCAGGCCGCCGAGUCGGAGGACCUUCCCCUGAAAGACACUGACCAGUUUGUUAUUGAUCAGAACGUGGAGGAGCUCCUUCAGAGUGUUUGUGACGCAGACUCGGCGCAGGAAGUCCAACAGUUCGGCUCUAUUUUGGUCCAGCGGUUACAGAUGGCAAGGCAACGGAGAAAUUACAUCACAGCUCAGGAGAUGAAGGCUGUGAUGGAGGAGAGAGACGGCUCCAUCGCCAAGUGCAAACGUCUGGAACAGGAAGUGAUCCAGGAGAGAGAGAGGACGAGAGAGACCGAGCAGCUGAGGCUCCAGAGGGGAAGGGGCGGAGCUCUGGAGGGCAGACAGCGGCUGGAGGCGGAGCUACAGGUGCUACGAGCCAAUCACAGCUCUCAGGACACUCUUGCCGCUCAGGCCACGUCUCCUCAGGUCACGCCCCCUCAGGCCCCGCCCCUGGACCAGCUGCAGCAGCUGUCGAAGGAGAAGCAGAGCGUGGAGGCGGAGCUUCAGCGCUGCCAGGAGGCGGAGCGAGAAGCUCGGGAGAGAGUCAACAGGUUGGAGCGGCUCGUUGAGGUUCUGAGGAAGAAAGUGGGGACAGGAAGUCUCCGAGCAGUAAUCUGAAAGACAUUUUCUGAUUUAAUUUCUUUAUUUUUCUAUUUUCUUCUUCCGGGAUAUAAAAAGGUCUGUUGUUAUUAUUACUGUUAAGAUACGUUGUCUGUUUUUCUUUUCUUUAAAGUUUCACACUUCUGUUGUUUGUGUGUAUCAGGUGUAAUCAUGAUUUAUUUCUCAUUAGAUAUUUGUCUAAGUGUCUAAGUAUAUACAUUUCUGAGUUAAAAUUGAAUAAAAUCAACGAAAUACAUGAAACAAAUGAAAAAUGUUUAUUGUAACAACUUUUAUUUUCUUGUUUAUGAGAUUCACAGCGAUCGUUGAGUUAAACAUUAAAUCUGAAGCUGCAGUUAACUUUUUACAUCAUACUUCAUUUUUACUCUCUAUGUUCCAGAAAGU